AUGAAGAAAGAUUUCUCCUGCUGCUGUCCGUCUCUGGCCCCGAGCAGAGAAACUGCUCGGUUCUACCUGCUCUCCAUGCUCAUUGCUCUUUACAUGCUGGCUGGCGCUGCCAUAUUUUCUUCCUUGGAGAGACCAGCGGAGCUAAAGGCGCACCAGCUCUGGGAAAGGACGCUAAGGGACUUCACUGAUGAGCAUAACAUAAGUUGUGAAGACAUUAAAUCUUUGUUGCGCCACUACGAAGAGGCUCGAACCGCAGGGAUCCGGACAGAGCGAGGCAGAGCCCUGUGGGACAUACCAGGCGCCUUCUACUUUGUGGGAACGGUAGUUUCAACCAUUGGCUUCGGAGUGACAGCUCCAUCCACUUUGACUGGGAAGGUCCUGCUGGUUUUCUACGGGUUGCUGGGCUGCUCGGCUGCCAUACUCUUCUUCAACCUCUUCCUGGAGAGAGUCAUAACAUUACUGAGCUUCGUGAUAUUCUGGUACCACAGAAGGAGAGCGGGACAUGGCGGACUGGAGGGCCGAGCCAGGGAAGGUAACAGAAAUGAAGAAUGGAAACCCUCUGUCUAUCAAGUCACACUCCUCCUUUUUGUUGCUGUCCUGCUGGUUGCGUGCGGGGCUGCCUGUCUCUAUUCAGUCAUGGAGGGCUGGACCUUCAUGGAGUCCCUCUACUUCUGCUUCGUGGCGUUCAGCACAGUCGGCUUUGGAGACUUUGUCAGUGGCCAGAGAGAGCACCAUGAGGACACCUGGGCGUACCAGGUUGCAAACUGUCUCCUGAUGCUCUUGGGAGUGUGCUGCACUUACUCCCUCUUUAACGCCAUCUCUGUGAUCAUCAAACAAGGACUGAACUGGAUGCUGAGGACGCUGGCGUGGAUGUAUAGCUGCAUCCGCCAUUAUCGGCUGUUCAAACUCUGUUUUUCUGACUCUGAGACACCAAGAUGUUUUUGUGAAGACAACACUUUGCACAGACAGCAGGUGCAGGCCGUUUCCAGUUCGGGCCACGGCACGAUGUGGCACUCCUGCGUGUCGAAUGCUACGGGGAAAUGUCUUUGUGAUGAGGCCCAAGUGGAAACAGUGUGCCACAGAGAGACAGACAGAAGCAUCUCUGCAAAGCAGGAGGAAGAGGAUUGUUCAUAUGGAAGGAAUAACUUGUAUGCUAGACCUCUGCCUACAUGGCUGAAUUAA